AUGAUUUUUGGCAUUUGUAUAAUUUAUUUUCUCACAGAUAGGAAGAUAAUAAAAAAAAGGGAUUUUAAUGCGAUUGAUUAAUUUAAAUUGAAAAGAAGAAUAUUUGUAUUUUUAAAGGUUUAUGAAAUUAAUUAUUGGGCAGAUCAAUAUCUAUUAUUAUCAAUAAAGGGUAGGAAUUGCUAAGAAUCUCAUUGGUUAUCUUUGGGUUAGUUUCACACCUACGAAGUUGAAUUGUAUUAAUAAAUAGAUAUAUAAUUCGAAAACUGGGAUAGAUUUCAUUAUGCAAUAUUGGAUUAGAUAAAACAAUGA